CUCUCCCUUCGCUCCCUCAUCCUGCAGAAAAUACCCGUUAUCCAAAUGGCGGCAGCGGCGUCGACGACGGCAGCGUCGUUUUUCUCCAUCGCCGUCGCAAAACCUCGCAUUUCCAAUUCUGCCCCUAUCAUUUUCUCGAAUCCCCAGCCCUGUCCCUCUCAGUUCCCAUCUCUGCGAUCGACACGGGGAAGGAGCUGCUAUCCUCCCCUCCCGUGCUCCGCGGUGCAAGAUAUCGCCGCGGAAAACGAAACCCUAGAGAAGGAAGAGGACGGGGGUGACGAAGAGAAGAGGAGGAAGCUGUUUGUGGUGAACUUACCGUGGAGCUUCUCGGCUCCGGAGGUUGAGAAGCUCUUUGGAGAGUGCGGAACUGUGAAAGAUGUGGAGAUAAUUAAGCGGGAGAACGGGCAGAAUAGAGGGUUUGCGUUCGUUACUAUGGCUUCGGGUGAUGAGGCGCGGGCUGUUGUUGAAAAAUUCGAUUCUUUUGAAAUUUCUGAAAGGAUCAUCAGGGUCGAAUUUGCAAAGAGCUUCAAGAAACCCUCUCCUCCUUCGCCACCAGGUGCCCCUAAAUCAGAAGGACGAUACAAGAUAUAUGCAUCAAAUCUUGCUUGGAAAGUGAGAGCAACAAACCUCAGAGAUUUCUUCUCUGAAAAGUUUAAGCCGGUAUCUGCUAGGGUAGUUUUUGACAGCCCAACCGGGAGAUCUUCUGGAUAUGGAUUUGUUGGCUUUGCCACAAUGGAUGAAGCUGAGGCUGCUGUUUCUGAAUUGGAUGGAAAGGAAUUGAUGGGCAGGCCUCUUCGUUUGAAAAUAAGCCAAAGGACGAGUGAUGAAUCUGGUGAAGAAACAGAAGAAGCAACUGAUACUGAACAACAAUCUCAAGAGUCUUGAAAAGGUUCCCCCUUCACAUAUGCAUGUUUCUUAACCGAAGAGGAGAGCAAUAUGUGCCGAUGUAUAAUGUAUAGCUUUCAUGAUCUACACAAGUAGAGGAGAUGUAAGAGAGAUCGGUUCAUUCGAGAUAUAGCAUUGUAUAUGUCGAAAUCUGUUUGUACUGACUCGAUAUUUUUGUUACACUAAAGUUUUCAUUGUUUACACUUAAAAACUUUUAGUAUUUGUAUUGAUUCCGUGUGAGGUCUGUUGGCCCUUUUUCCCCUUUCAUUUUGAGUAUAAUAUAAUGUGUAUUGUACCGAC